AUGGGCUCACAUGGUGGUAUGGAGCAGGACAAGGACAGCAAAACAUUGUUCACCUGUGUUUGGGUGCCCAGUGCAGAGCCGGUAAAUGAUGGGGCUUUUCUGACGGAAGAGCCGUGGAUAGCUUUGUCGGAAGGGCGCUACAAUCUGGUUCCCUUCAUGGCUGGCAACACUGACCUAGAGCGAGUUGGACACACUCAGCCUGGUGGUUCAUUAUCCACGGAGGCCAAAAUAGAGAACCUGAACGAGAACUUUGGCGAAAUUGUGGGCUGUGAUCUACGACUUCCAACAAAGGAAGAGCGUGUGGAAGGGGCAGAGUCCGUCAAAAAAUUCUACUACAACGGCAGCGACAUCACACUCAAGGACAACUACACCACCGCUCUGGCCCAAGAGUAUGUAACAGUGGAAAUACAAGAAGGCACUUUGAGGGGUCAGGUGUCAAAAACUUUCACAGACAAAGCCAUGUUUAUGUUUGAAGGCAUUCCAUAUGCCGAACCGCCAGUUGGAGAUCUCCGGUUCCAGCCUCCAGUGGCCAAAGCUGCGUGGUCUGAUGUCAGAGACGCCCUGGCGCUAGGGUCGCACUGUCCUCAAAUUGAAGACAAUGAAGCAGUUGGGAACGAAGACUGCCUGCACCUUAACGUUUACGGUCCAGAGGCGGCCUUACAGAAACAAGAACUUAAAGCUGUUAUGGUUUGGAUCCAUGGUGGAUGUUUCACAGGAACUUCUGGUGAUAGCGCAAUACCAAAUUACUACGUCGACCAAGACAUCGUCUUCGUCAGCAUAAAUUAUCGUCUCGGUCUGUUAGGUUUCCUAAGCACGGGUGACGAAGUCGUCCCAGGGAACAUGGGUCUUAAAGACCAGACAGAGGCUCUGCGCUGGGUACAGAGGAACAUAGCAGUGUUUGGUGGUGAUCCAGAAAAAGUAACCAUCUUCGGACAAAGCGCUGGAGGUGCAUCUAUUCACUAUCAUGUCGUAUCUCCACUGAGCACAGCUGGUGGUUCAUUAUCAACGGAGGCCCAAAUAGAGAACCUGAACGAGAACUUUGGCGAAAUUGUGGGCUGUGAUUUACGACUUCCGACGAAGGAAGAACGGCUAGAAGGUGCUGAGGCCGUCAAAGAGUUCUACUACAACGGCAGCGACAUCACGCUGAAGGACAACUACACCACCGCUCUGUUUGACUCGCACCUCUUCUUCGUGGAGGGAGUGGACGCCGCCGUCAGGAGCAUGUCUCGCUUAUCCUCGCAGCCUGUCUACUACUACCAGUUUUCGUACGUCGGUCCCCUCAGCUUAUAUCCUGGUGGCCCAGGAGCAGCACAUGCCGACGAUAUGCGCUACAUGUACACAACACCCACGGACCUGAAUCCUAAUUCAGAUGGAGGCAUUAUCAGAGCUCAGAUGAUAGAAAUGUGGGCUAAUUUUGCCAAAUAUGACAAUCCAACGCCGGAACAGACUUCUCUGCUGACAGAAGUGUGGAAGGAAUACAAUGAAUCGUCCCAGUAUUAUUUGGAGAUAACGAGACCUCUUCGCCUAAAAACUAACUUGUUUGAGCCGUACAUGAUCUUCUGGCAGAAUCUGCUGCCGUCGUAA